GCGGCGCUGCGCGCAGAGCGGGGCCGAGGGCGGCGGGAGGUUUCCAGCCUCCUGCAAAUAGAUAACAUGCUGCCCAGGAAGGACCUCGGGAAGACCGGGGAGCUGGUCAGGAGACAAGAUCCUGUGGAGGAUCCUUCGGUCACGCUCUUCCGGGAGUACCUGAGAAUCAAGACUGUCCAGCCAGAGCCCAACUAUGGUGCAGCCAUACAGUUCUUGGAGCGGGUUGGAGCUGAGCUUGGCCUGGCAUGUCAGAAAGCAGAGGUGUGCCCGGGUCGGGUGAUCACCAUCUUGACCUGGCAGGGCACAAGCCCGCAGCUCUGCUCCAUCCUGCUGAACUCCCAUAUUGAUGUUGUACCUGUAUUUGAGGAGCACUGGAGCCAUGACCCCUUUGAAGCCUUCAAGGACUUGGAAGGCAACAUCUAUGCCCGCGGGUCCCAGGACAUGAAGUGUGUCUCCGUCCAGUACCUAGAAGCUAUCCGGAGGCUGAAGGCUGAGGGGAAGCGCUUUCCCCGAACCAUUCACCUGACGUUUGUCCCAGAUGAAGAGAUUGGAGGCCACAAGGGCAUGGAGCUGUUUGUGAAAAGCCCUGAAUUCAAGGCUCUCAAUGUUGGGUUUGCCCUUGAUGAAGGCCUGGCCAACCCCACGGACACCUACACCGUGUUCUAUGGGGAGAGGAAUCCCUGGUGGAUCCAAGUGAAGUGUGAGGGGAACCCAGGUCACGGCUCCCGGUUCAUUGAGAACACGGCUGCUGAGAAGAUGCACAGAGUGAUCACCUCCUUCCUGGAGUUCAGGAAGAGCGAGGAGCAGAGACUCAAGCAUGACGAGAGCCUCACACUGGGCGAUGUCACCUCCGUCAACCUGACCAUGCUGAAUGGGGGCGUCUCCUUCAACGUGGUCCCCUCAGAAAUGUCUGCUGCUUUUGACAUCCGCAUCGCACCCACAGUCAACUUGGAGGCAUUUGAGCAGCAGAUUGCAGCCUGGUGCCGGGCAGCUGGAGAAGGUGUCCUCUACGAGUUUCACCAGAAAAACAUGGACCAGUGUGUGACCUCCACGGCAGAGUCGGACCCCUGGUGGAAGGCAUUCAGUGGGGCCUGCAGGGACAUGAACAUGACACUGAAGUGUGAGAUCUUCCCAGCGGCCACAGACAGCCGCUACAUCCGAGCAGUGGGGUGCCCAGCCAUCGGCUUUUCCCCCAUGAACCAGACCCCGGUGCUGCUGCAUGACCACAACGAGUACCUGAAUGAGCGGGUCUUUCUACGCGGCAUCGAGAUCUAUGCCCACCUCCUCCCUGCCCUGGCCAAUGUGCCCCCCCUCCCCACAGAGGGCUGAGGGGGCCUGGGGCAGAGGCUGUAGGGGGGGGGGGGGGGAAGGUCAGCUGGAUACCAAAGAGACACAAGGAAGAAACAUUCAUGAUGUCCCCCUGUGGCAGCUCUGGGGAUAGCCCUGUGCUCGAGGUGUCUGUCCAGUGGGGCCAGGACUCUAGGGUCCCAGUAGGCAACACCAUGUGCAGGGCACUUCUUUGCCAGAAUCCCAGCUGUUCCAUCCCAGAGAGACGGACUUGGCGGGCAGUGUCCUGCAUGGGCUCUGGGUUGCCAGGGGCCUCUGGGGUGCCUGGUGCCAGCAGUUCUGAAAGUCCUUUGGGUAAGCAGGGUGCAGUGCCCAGAUCCUUUCUGUUGCAUGGGGUAGAGGGGAGGAGAUCUCAAGUUCCCCAGGCCCCUGUGUGCUGUGACACAAAAGACCUUGGUCCUGCUCCCAGCUCUGACAUGGCCUGGCCAGGUGCCCUUGCCAAGUCACUUAAUCACUGUGUCCUCCCUCCUCCUCCUGCCAAGGGGAUGUCCCCAGCUAGCACUUGCAGAGUUGCUUGCAGUCAAGGCCUCAGGCCCAUCAUGACUUUCAUGCCCUGAAUCCAGCAGUAGGGUGUGCUGGGUGCAGGGCUCUGCCUACAGGGAUAUUAACUGGUGCAUUGAUGAAUCCUACAGGGGUGGCUGCCAGUCGCAGUGUGCUUCCAUGUCUUGUUGCACUUUGUGCCCAUCCCCAAAGGUGGAGGCAGCUUCUGCGCAUUGGAAAGCCACUGCUGGGACUUGCCUUCUCUCUUCCUCAACUCCAGGCUCCUGACUGCAGCCUCCUCACCCAUUGGCACCCUGCAGCAGUCAGGAACUGGUGCUUACCAGCAGGGG